AUGGGACUACUGAUAUGUGAGACGAAAGACAUUCAAGGCGUCGGUCAGUCAAGCAGCACCAACCAGCAGGAAGAGUACAAAGCUGCGACUAAUGUUACGGAUACGGUCAAUACGAAUAGAGCAGUGCCAAAGGUGGUGCGCUAUCAGUACGAACCGUGUCCCUAUUGCUGCAAGGUGAAGGCUGUACUGGACUACCUCAAGCUCCCGUACGACGUGGUGGAAGUCAAUCCACUGACCAAGAAGGAGACCAAAGCUGUGAUCAGGUAUGCCAAGGUGCCAGUUGUCACUAUUGGCAAUGACGUGGUCGUGGACUCUUCGGCAAUUAUCGCGCGACUGUGGGACCUGGUCGUGCCAGCUAAAAGCUCCCAGCUUGAGCAUAAAGAGCCGCAGGAGGAGGAAGCCCAGUGGUGCCAAUGGGUCGACCGAAGCUCAUUGUCUUGA